AUGAAGGGCCGCCGGCGGUGGCGGUGGCGGGGGGAACACCGCCGCUUCGCCGCGGUGCUGGUGCUGUACACGCUGCUGCUGCUCCUGCUGGUGCCCUACGCGCUGGACUACGGGGCCAGGCGGGGGCGGGCGGACGAGGAGCCGCUGCUGCGGCGCUGCCCCAGCCUGGAGGAGGCGCUGAGCGAGUGGGGCUGGGAGCAGCGGCAGCAGCUGCUGGACGAGGAGGAGGAGGAGGAUGAGGAGGGCGGCGGCGGCGGCACGGCCGGGGCGGCGGGUAACGGCAGCGCGGCGGCGGCGGGGAAGCGGCACAUCUACCUGCACGCCACCUGGCGCACGGGCUCCUCCUUCCUGGGGGAGCUCUUCAACCAGCACCCCGACGUCUUCUACCUCUACGAGCCCAUGUGGCACCUGUGGCAGGCCCUCUACCCGGGGGACGCGCUGAGCCUGCAGGGCGCCCUCCGCGACAUGCUGCGCGCCCUCUUCCGAUGCGACUUCUCCGUCCUGCGCCUCUACGCCGCCCCGCCCGGCCCCCGCGACCCGCUGGCCCCCGCCCCGCCCGCCGCCGCCAACCUCACCACGGCCGGCAUCUUCGGCUGGCGGACCAACAAGGUGAUCUGCUCGCCGCCGCUCUGCCCCGCCGCCCCGCGGCCCCGCCGGGAGAUCGGCCUCGUCGACGGCGCCGCCUGCGAGGAGACGUGCCCGCCGCGGGCGCUGCGGGAGCUGGAGGCCGAGUGCCGCAAGUACCCGGUGGUGGUCAUCAAGGACGUGCGGCUGCUGGAACUGGGCGCCCUGCUGCCGCUGCUGCGGGAGCCCGGCCUCAACCUGCGGGUGGUGCAGCUCUUCCGCGACCCCCGCGCCGUCCACAACUCCCGCCUGAAGGCCCGGCAGGCGCUGCUGCGGGAGAGCAUCCAGGUGCUGCGCAGCCGCCACCGCGCCGAGCCGCGGGGGCCGCCCCGCCACCAGCCGCAGCAGCUCCUGCUGCCGCCCGGCCUGCUGGGCGGCGGGCGGGCGCCGCAGCCGCAGCACCGCGCCGAGUUCUUCCUCGCCGGCGCCCUGGAGGUGAUCUGCCAGGCCUGGCUGCGCGACCUCCUCCUGGCCCGCCGCGCCCCGGCCUGGCUGCGCCGCCGCUACACGCAGCUGCGCUACGAGGACCUGGUGCGGGAGCCCCGCGCCCAGCUGCGCCGCCUGCUGCGCUUCGCCGGGCUGCCGGUGCCGCCCGCCCUGGAGGCCUUCGUGCUCAACAUGACCCGCGGCGCCGCCUACUCCUCCGACCGGCCCUUCCUCAUCUCCGCCCGCGACGCGCGGGAGGCCAUCCACGCCUGGCGGGAGCGCCUCAGCCGCCAGCAGGUGCGGCAGGUGGAGGCCGCCUGCGGCGAGGCCAUGAGCCUCCUCGCCUACCCCCUCAGCGGCGGCGACGCCCGGUAGCGCCCGCGGCCGGCGGGGAGAGCCCGC